AUGAGGUUUAUUGUUGCCUUUCUUUUCCUCUCUAUAGCAACUAUCAACCUUGGCUUCUGUAAUGGAAGUUCCAACCACUCUUACCUGCAUGGCUGUAUUGAAAGUGAGAGACGAGCACUCUUAAGGUUCAAGAAUGAUCUCAAGGAUUCUUCCAAACGUCUUGCCUCUUGGACUAGUGGUGAUGGAGAUUGUUGUACCUGGGCUGGUGUUCUCUGCGACAACUUCACUGGCCAUGUCCUUCAACUCCACCUAGGCAAUCCUAAUUCUAUAUACAUUCUUGAUCACGCAUCAGAAGCUGACUAUGAGGCUUUUCAGAGGUCAAAGUUGGUUGGUAAGAUAAAUCCCUCCUUGAUUGAAUUAAAGCAAUUAAUUCACUUGGACCUGAGCUUUAAUGAUUUCCAAGGGAUUGAGAUUCCUAAAUUUCUUGGUUCUAUGAAGAAUUUAAUUUAUCUUAAUCUUUCUGGAGCUGGAUUUCAAGGAAUGAUUGCUCACCAAAUCGGGAAUCUCUCUAAUCUUCAAUAUCUUGACCUCAAUGUCGAUCAUUUGAGUGUUGACAAUCUACGUUGGCUAUCUGGCCUGUCUUUGUUAAAGUACCUAGAUUUGAGUAGUGUAAACAAUAUAGACGACUCUGACUGGUUGUCUGUGGUAAACACACUCCCAUCUUUAUUAGUGUUAAAAUUGUCAGAUUGUGGACUCAGAAAUGAACAUCUUGUACUAUCCACUGUCAACUUUUCGUCUCUUACCUUUCUUGAUCUUUCUUAUAAUGAACUUGAAGACUCUUUCAUCUUUAGCUGGGUUUUGGGUCAAGGUAGUUUAGUCUUUCUUGAUCUAAGUUAUAAUAGUUUAUCAGGUCCAAUCCCUGAUGGGCUUCAAAAUAUGACUUCUCUUAGGCACCUUGAUUUAUCUUGGAACAAUUUCAAUUCUACAAAACCCACAGGCUGGUGGCACCAAUUUGUUCAUCUUGAGUACCUUUUUCUUCAACAGAAUUUCUUGAAAGGUACAAUUCCGGAGGAUCUAGGAAACCUAACGUCACUCAAAGUGCUAGAUCUUUCAUCCAAUUUUCAACUUGAAUGGAGAAUUCCAAGAUCCUGGGGAAGUCUUUGCAACUUGAUUUCAUUUUCUUUGUCAGGUGUUAAUUUACUGAGUCAAGACAUAUCUGAAAUAUUUGAUAUUUUUUUAGGAUGUGCUUUUAAGAAACUAGAGUUACUGGAUUUGAAGUUUUGUCGUAUAUCUGGUAAGUUGACAAGUAAACUUGGGAAGUUUAAAAAUCUAAAGAGACUGUUUCUAGGUUUUAACUCCAUCUCUGGUCAUAUUUCUUCCUCUUUAGGAGAACUUUCGUCUUUAAUACGUCUAAAUCUUUUUCAUAACAAUUUGAGUGGUUCAAUUCCUGAGUCUUUAGGAAAACUUUCUUCUUUAGAAUACCUUGAUAUUUCAUACAACAGUUUGAACGGAUUUGUUUUGCCCAUUCAUUUUGAAAAUCUCUCUAAAUUGUCUAUUUUUUAUGCAUCUGGAAACUCCCUGACCAUGAAAGUCGAUCCUGAUUGGCUUCCUCCUUUCCAACUUGAGUCCUUAUAUUUGGCAUCUUGUAAGUUAGGGCCUCACUUUCCAUCCUGGAUUUUGUCACAAAAGUAUUUAGUGGAUUUGGAUAUAUCCAACUCAGGAAUUUCAGAUUUGAUUCCUAGUAGGUUUUGGAAAUAUAUUUCAGGAUUACAAUUUUUAAAUCUCUCUCGUAACCAAAUUUAUGGAGUGAUUCCAGAUUUAUAUGAGGUUCCUAGUUCUCUUGACUUCAGUUGGAAUAAUUUAUCUGGUCAGUUGCCUUUCAUAUCCUUCAAUGUAUUAUUACUAGAUCUUUCCAACAACUAUAUUUCAGGAUCAAUUAAGUAUUUUUUAUGUUCUAGGAUGAAUAAGUCAAAACAAAUGAAAAUUCUCAGCUUAGAAAAUAAUCUUCUAUCUGGAGAAUUACCUGAUUGUUGGAUGCAUUGGAAAAAUUUGACUGUUUUGAAGUUAAAUAAUAAUAAAUUUAUUGGCAGCCUUCCAAGUUCCAUGGGAUCCUUAAGUUCCCUUCAGUCUUUGCACCUUCGUAAUAAUUGUUUCUCUGGAAUAAUACCUGUGUCUUUUAGAGGUUUAACACAACUAAUAACACUUGAUCUUGGUGAAAAUAAUUUUUUUGGUAAGGUUCCUAGAUGGAUAGGGGAAAGAUUUUCAAGUUUGAUGAUUCUCAACCUCCGUUCAAAUAAGUUUCAUGGUCAUUUACCAAUGAAGCUUUGUUGUCUAUCUUCUUUACAAGUGUUGGACCUUGCUGACAACAAUCUUGAUGGAAGCAUACCUAAAUGUAUCAAUGACUUUAGUGCCAUGGUGACAAUAUACCAUUCUCCAAGUUUCACGAUAAGAUACUAUGCUUCACAUUACCAAGUUGCUGGAACACUUGAGGAUGCAAUAGUUGCAGUGAAAGGAAAACUGAUGGAAUACAAUACCAUUUUAUAUUUGGUGAGAAAUAUUGACUUGUCCAACAAUAAGUUCACUGGAGAAAUUCCUGUGGAAGUGACAGAGCUUAAAGGAUUGCAAUCACUGAAUUUAUCUCACAAUUUCCUUACAGGAAAAAUUCCUGAAAAUAUUGGUGAAAUGAAGUCUUUGGAAUCAAUUGAUUUCUCUGUCAACCAACUUCGUGGCAAUAUCCCUGAAAGUAUGUCAAGUUUAAAUUUUUUGGGUAAUCUAAACUUGUCCAAUAACCACUUGACAGGGAAAAUUCCUUCAGGCACUCAACUUCAAACUUUUGAUGCAUCCUCUUUCAUCAACAAUGAACUCUGUGGGCUUCCCCUUCCAACAAAAUGCACAAAGAUUGUUCGACCACCGGCGUUUGAGAAUGGAGGAUUAAGAGAUGGUAAUGAACAUGAAGUAGAUUGGUUCUAUGUGGGCAUGUCACUUGGGUUUGUGAUGGGGUUCUGGGGUAUAAUAUUAGGUCCUCUAAUUGUUAGCAGAAGAUGGAGGUACAAGUACUGCCACUUCUUGAAUUUCCUUGGCAACAAAUUUGGUAUUAUUCUGAGAAAAUGUUGCUAG